AUGACGUCACCAUCAUCUGAAAGGCAACCCUUAUCAAAUAAUAAUUCAGAUUAUGGUUCAACAUCAGAAGGUUUACAUAAGCCGGUAACUUUAGUAUCUUUUGAUAAUGAUAAUGCGGGUCGCUCUUCAUCUCCGGUUUUAUAUCCUCCUCCUCCUACCAUAUACAAUUCCCUUAAAAUUAUCCUCACUUCUUCAUAUAUAAACUGGUUGUUAAUCUUUUUACCAUUGGGAUUUUUGGCUAAUGCGUUAAAUUGGAGUGAUACUUGGAUCUUUACUUUGAAUUUUUUUGCGAUCAUCCCAUUGGCAAAAUUACUUGCAUUUGCAACCGAAGACGUUAGUCUGAGAAUUGGUCAGACAUUGGGUGGUCUGCUAAAUGCUACAUUUGGUAAUGCGGUAGAAUUAAUUGUUUCUAUCAUUGCCCUUAAAGAAGGAGAAGUACGCGUGGUUCAAGCUUCAAUGCUCGGAUCAAUUAUUUCAAAUUUAUUAUUGGUAUUGGGAAUGUGUUUUGUUGCAGGAGGCAUUCAUCAUAAAGAACAAUCAUUUAACCAAACUGCCGCACAAACAAGCUCAAGUUUAAUGACUUUAGCUUGUAUUGGCUUAAUCAUUCCUGCUGCUUUUAAUUUUGCCGUUGGUCGUAGUGGUACAGUCGUCGACUUGAAGCAUGAGAUUUUAGAUUUGUCGCACGGAACGGCGAUCGUUUUAUUGAUAAUUUAUGUCCUAUACCUUUUCUUUCAAUUGGGAACUCAUAAACAUUUAUAUGAUAGAGUACGACAUAAUGACGAAGAACAACCAGAAGAACCCCCACAAGAACCAGAGGAAGAAGAAAUACCACAAUUAACUCUUGGUGUAUCAUUAUUUUUCUUGGCCGCUAUAACUCUUUUGGUAGCUUGUUCUGCUGAUUAUUUGGUUGGUUCGAUCGAAGGAAUCGUUGAAUCUUCGGGGUUAAGCAAGACAUUUGUCGGUUUAAUUUUAUUGCCCAUCGUUGGUAACGCUGCAGAGCACGUAACGGCCAUUUCCGUCGCCAUGAAAAAUAAAAUGGAUCUCGCUAUUAAUGUCGCCGCAGGAAGUUCGAUGCAAAUCGCAUUAUUCAUUACUCCAUUCCUUGUCGUUCUUGGAUGGAUAAUUGGAGUACAAAUGACCUUGUUUUUUAAGACAUUUGAAACCGUCGUAUUAUUCAUUUCAGUCUUGAUAACGAAUUAUCUUAUUCAGGACGGGAAAUCAAACUGGUUAGAAGGUGCAAUGUUGCUGGCCACAUAUACCAUCAUAGCGUUAGCUUUCUACCUAUAUCCGGACAUUGAUGAUUCAAACGAAGUUAACACUGAUCUACUUUGGAAUUAA